UUGGAACAAAGAUUCUAGGAAGCUUUGAAGAAGAUUUGGUGAUUGAGUCUUGUUUCACGCCUGUUAUAGUGAGGCAAGACGAUUUGUUCACUUGCCCAGGGCAAUACAAGUCGGUUAUGCCUAAUCGAGAUGGCUCCCCUAAGGCGGUCUGAGUCUACUGCCUCAGCCUCCGUAUCUCUUCUACUUCUAGUCUUCUGAACCUUCUAGCCUCUUCCUCGUUUUCUUUCCCUCCACCUUCCGAUCUGUCCUUCCCCACCAAAUGUCAUCCAGAUCUCGGAGAGCUCUUAAGCGCGGAGCUUCCAGGAGCGAAAGUUCUUCGGGUGGAAGUAUUAUCUUUGACUCGAGAGCAGCAGCAGGUCCAGUAAAGCGCCAGCGUCUAGAGUCUACACCUUCCUCGAACGCAAUUCCAAACAUGUCCGUCGCCGCCAUGAACGCCAGCCCAGCCGCCACGGUUGUACCUCCUAUCUAUCGACAAAUCGUGCUAAAUAAAGCUGAAGCUGUCGCAUUUCUCUUCGGUUCACGAUUCUCUGAUGCCCUUCAGGUACCUGCAGAGCGCGCUGCUAUGCUGUACCGAACUACCGGAGCAUUGGCGAUUGAGGAGUUCCGUCGACUUCUGGCUAUCAAGAUGUUCACAGUUGAUACCGAUGCUGACAAGAUCAGUCCCACGCCACUCAGUCAGUCCAGUUCCGAAGACUAUCCUGCGCACUUCAUGCUGACUUGUGAAACAGUGGAUGAGGUUUGGCACGCCGCGAUUCUUGACACAAAGUUCUAUGCAGAACUGCAAAGCGCCCUUGGGGUUGUCCUUCACCACCGACCGUCUGGAGCAAGCAACGAGGAAUCGGUUUCGCGUCAACAACGAUUGACUGCCAUGAGGGCUCUUUACCGUGCCUUUUUCUCAGCUGAUCCAAUUGCAUCUCCUCCUCUUCAACUCAACCUCCCUCAGCCAGAUAUGCGCCUUCAAGAUCCAAUUCCCUUAGUUAUUAGAGAUCUUCUGGACGGAGAUACCUACGGUAUUAUGGUCGAAAGAAAUGCUACUAUUGACAAUGUGAAGAGCGUGCUUCAGGACCUCACAGGUAUGCCCAGCGACCAACAACGGUUGAUCUUCGCAGGUAGGCAAUUGGAAGAUGGUAGGAUGCUUCUGAACUAUGGCAUCAACCACGGCGCUACAUUGCAUCUCGUCAAGAGGUUGAGGGGAUGCUGAUUGAGGGAUGUUUGCUAGGACUUGGAGGAUAUUUCCAUUGGGGCAGAGGGGCAAAACAUGUUCAGGAAGGAAUACCGCGCAAAACUUCUAGCUAGCGCUGCAGACACGAGCUUUUGAUUUUAGCUUUCC